CUUAUUAAAUGGGAACAUCUGCUCCAUCCUAGAUGAAUUCUACUUCUUUCUUCAAAACUUUUAAGACAUAGUUUAGACCAAUAGAGAUAAAGGGAGAGAAAAUAGAUGGAUAAGUUUAUGUUUGUGAUGCAAAUUAAGAGAUGAUUAUUGAAUAUCCAAAUCGAAUUAUUGAUUAGGAAUCAGAUGAGCUAUGGCAUUAAUCUUAAUCUAUGAUUUAACGCAUUUAAGCCCCUUACAUUAUUAAUUAUUAUGGAAGCACAGAAAAAAAAUCAUAAGAAAUGUGUUCAUCUUAUUCAAUGAUUUUCAGUUAUUAUGAGUAUAUUUCACAUACUUUAUAAAAGUAUUACAUUAUUUUUAAGAUAGAGAAAUCUAUGAAAGAAAAGAAAAUCGAGAAUAAUUUUCAGAAAAAGAAAUUUGGUAUUUGUUAUGGUCUUUGGCUCAAGCACUUUAUGAACUAAAACAAAAAGGUUAUAAUCAUAAAGAUUUAAGACCAACUACAAUUGCACUCAAAUCAAAUGGUAUAAUAAAGCUUUGUCCUAUUGGAGUUUUGUAAGAUCAAAAAAACUCAGUUGCUAGGUUUGUUGUUGAAAACUUAUAAACUUAUUUACCUCCUACAUUAAAAAAAUCACUUAUUAACUAAUCAUAAUCAUAGAUAAAUUGGAAUAAAAUUGAUUCAUUCGCUUUAGGACACAUAAUACUUGAUCUAAUGAUACUUGAUGUACCCGUUUUGAUUGAUAAUUAAUAAAUUAUAGAAUUGUAGAUGUAAUGUUAUAAUCGCUUUUCAUAACAUUUAAUUAGAAUUAUGGAACAUCUUAUGUUAGAAACUGAUAAUUAACUUUUGAUUGAGGAUGUUUAUUUUUUAUUGAAACCUUAUUCAGAAAAAAUUAAUCAUUUAUAAGAAUUUUAAAUUAAUUUUGAAGAUGUAAAGAAAUUAGCAAUCCCAUUAAAUAACAUAUCUAAACUAAAGUUAAAAUAAAUAAUUGAAAACUCAAAACAUUCUGAAAUUUUGUAUGAAUCCUAAUAAAUUCACAAUAAUUCUUAUUAAUAAUAAAUUAAAGUGAAUAAUCAAUAAAAUUAAUAAUUAUAAUAAUAAUAAAUGAUAAUGGAAUAAUAAAAGUAAUAUUUGAUAAUCUAAUAAUAAAAAUCAUAAUAGAUAUAAUAAUAAGAUUAAUUAUAAUAUCAAUAAAAUUUUAUUUUACAACCAAACUAAAAUUAACAAUAAUAAACUUCUUAGGUUUUGAAUUAAUAAAUUUAAUAAUAAUUAUAAUAACCCAAUAUUCUUCAAUAGACCAAUGGAUUAAUUUAACAACCCAUAAUAAAUUAAUAAAUUAUUCAAUAACCAUAUCAAUAAUAAUAAUAAUAGUAAAAUAUAAUAUAAUAAUAACCGUAAAAUUUACUAUAAUAAUAAUAAAUUACUCCUUAACAACAUGUAAUAAUAUAAAGACCUCCUUAAUAAUAAUAAUAGCUAAUACCAAGUCCAGAUUUAAGAAAAUCUGUGUCUCCUUAGCCUUAAUAAUUUGUGAAUUAAUAACCACAACUAUUACAACGGUUAUUAAUGUAAUCUUAAUAGAUACCAUAGCAACAAUAAAUUAAACCUUAAAUAAAAUAAUUAUAAUCAUAGCCUGUAUCUAUUCCCAUAUCUCCAAUUAAUCCAAUUAAAAUAACAUAAUAAUAUAAUUAGCCAUAAAUUGCACCACCACCUCCUCCUACUUAGCCAUAAUAAAAUAUUUAUGUAGCCCCACCAUCUUUGUAAUAAGCUCCAUUUCAACAACCUUUAAUUUAGUAACCUGCACCUGUGCAAAUACCAAUGAUUUAUUAGAAUAGACCUCCUCUUACAAAUAAUUACAAUUAAUCACUACCGAAUCAAAAUAUUCCAGUGUAAUUAAUAUAAACUCCUGUGGUAUAUGUAUUAUGAUUCUAAAUUUAAGAAUGACUAAUUUCAGAGAGAUGCUACAGCUUUAGAGUAUAAACCUUAAGUAAAUCAGCCAUUGAAAGCUUCCAAUUAAGUGCUGUAACCAAAAUAAAAAUAUUCUUCACCAUAGCCAAGAUAAGUAAAAUGAUUUCUUUAAAUGUUAGUCUAACAAUUUUGAUAGAAUUCGAAAUGUCAUUUAAGAUUCAGAUUAGUUGUUGCAAUAAUAACAUAAAUGAAUAAACUUAACAUUAUAUUUAUUAAGUAGAUAUAGA